AUGGAUCAGCUCGUCGCUCAUGAAUCCAUUCUUUUCCCGUCAGAUGGUCGACCCCCUUCACUAGUACAAUUAAUGACCAGCCCGAUGACACCGACGCAUCAGGCGUCUUUCGCCAGCCCACCAUCUCGUAUGCCCCAUCCGGAGGUUUACAUGGAUUAUAUUGCUGAAGGUUUAGGAUCAAGGGCGUGGAAAUACCAGCUCGUGGAAGCACUGGAUGGCAUGAAUCGAAAAUUUGCCAAUCCCUACAUCAUCUUUUACCCAACCGUUUCUCGAGACGGAAUGCCUUUUCCUAUCAAUAAAUGCAUCCGUGACAUUCAGGCCAGAGCAUUCAGGGAAGAAGUGGCCUGGCGAGGCAAUAUCGUCAUCGCGAAAUAUCGCGAAAACCCGUUUACAUCCAUGAUUGACGCCUCUAUGGCUGAUUUUCCUAUCCUCAAAAAUUAUCUACUUACCCAUGGAUCCCCUCGUCAGGUAUAA